AGUACAGGAGGAAGUACUGGAGAAGAAGAUGAGGAUGAGCUCUCAGUGUCUGCAGAGACAAAACAGAAUACCUAUUACAAUGAAAGCCCAUCAGAAAAAGCCAUUAUCAGGCAAAAUGUCAAGAACGAUGGUGCAGCAGUUUGUAGAGAAACUCAUCGUGAAACCUCUUCAAAGUUUGAACUUGAUAAAGAAAAUGGACUAUCACUGUCGGAGAAGGGCUAUCGGAAAAUAACAAGGUCGAAGUCAAUGCCAGGCACCGACUCUUUUGAGGAAUUGCUUCAACAUUAUCAAGAAGAAAAUCAAAUACUGGAAGAACUUGUAAAAACAAAAGAUGACAAGAUUUUUGAGUUGGAAGAACAACUUUUAAGUCUAAAUCAGGAUCUGGCAGCAGCUGAGAACAAGAACAGAAAGCUUCAAGAGGAAAACUGUGCUCUUCUUCAUGGAAUAGCAAAGCUCCAGAUGCAGUAAAUGACACACUAAAACCUCAUCUCAUUAAAAUAAAAUAGGUAUCACAUCUAUAGUAAAAUAAGUUAUUGAAAAAAGAAGAACCAUAAUGAAAAAAGUACAUCAUAAAAAAACAUUCAAGAUUUUACUUAAGUGUAAAUGCAGUUUAUAGGGAAGAUAGUAAUAGAACCACCAAGUGUGCUACUCAGUACUAUACUAAUACAAUCCUGGUUAAGUCCUAUUUAAAAGAAUACUUUUAGUGGGAAGAAUAUAUUUUUUGUUAAUGUUUUUCAAAAUCUGUAUUAUAAAAAAUUGUAGUGUUUUACAUUUUUAUGACAGAAAAAUACUGGAAAUAGUACUUUCAAAAUCCCCUGUAAAAGUUUUUGUUACAUAAAUGAAGUUUACUUCAGAAAACUGAUCACGCAUUAUUCUCUUAUAAUACAACAAUGUAGAUUGAUAGUUUUUAUAAUUAUUGACAAAUGUAAGUGCGGUCGAGUAAAUUUUUGUAUUUUUUCUAAUGUAGCGUCUUAAACAGCCAUGAAAAACAUCAACGUAUAUAUAAUUUUACUCUUGUUGAUUAUAAACUAUUCUCAAAGCAGAAGCACCCUUUAAGAUCAUAAGAUUCUUGCUAGUGAAAUUUCAGUUUGUUCAAUUCAUUCUAUAAAGAGAAUUGUUGAUUAUAGAUUUAAGGUACAUGUUGUAAAACACUGGCCUGGGUUGAUGUUUUUGUCUCAUUAUAACAUAUAUACUUAAUAAAUGACUAUUGUGAAUAUAAAAAUGGAAAUUUUAUAUUAAAAAAAUUCUUAUUGUUUGUACUUAACUACAAAUAUUUUAUUUCUCUAGUGUUACUUAUUUACAUGUGUUAUGAAAUCUGAAUGAAUUUAUGAUAAAAUUUAAAUCAAACUUGUAUUAUGUGCAAAAUGUUUAAUUGUUAGGAGUUUAGAUUUCCAAUAAAUUAUCACAUAACUUUCAAUGUACUAAAUAUUAUUUGAAAAUGAACAUUCAACAUGUUUUUCAGUGUCUACAUCACAUUUGUGCCAAGGUUUUAUUUGAUGUGAAUAAAGAAUGUGUGGAGAACAGUAAAUGUAGUAAAAUAAUUUACAAUCUGAUGAUCUGACUUGUGAAUGUGCUGUGUAUACUUUUUGAUAUUUGUAAAAAGGUUAUUUUAUUUCAACAAAUAAAAUAAAAGUGCAUAAACAACAAUCUAGGCUGUUUAAAAAUAAAUUUCUAGUCUUGGUUGAUAUUUGUAUUCAAUACCUUCUUACUCUUUCAUGUCCAAAAAUAAAAAAGUGAUUAUGGCA